AUGCUUUUUGAGCAAGUGAAGCCUAGUACUCAAAGCUUUAAGAGUAGAGUAAAAAAAACAAUAUAUGGAGGAGGCUUCGGAAUCAAAAGCAACAAGUGGAAUACUGACAAUGAUAUCCAGGUAAUUCUCUCUUUUAAUCUGGGAUCAAGAAAAAUUAAAUUUCAAUGCAUUAAACCUUGCUUCUGGAUACCACCAAGUACUGGUUGUGUUAUGUUUUUCUGUGAAGGAGCAUCCAUUGGAAAUCCAGGAGCUGCUGGUUUUGAUGUAGUAAUAAGAGAUCACUUCAGUCAAGUUUUGGGAGUUAUUUCUGGAGGAAUUGGCAUUGCUAUUAAUUACAUUGCAGAAGUAUAUGCAAUCAUAGGUGCAGUUGAAUUGGUAGUAGAAUGGAAAUUGCAUAAUAUAAUUCUGAACUCAGACUCCAAAACAGUCAUAUCUGAAUUUGCAGAAAACAAGAUGCCAUGGUUUGUAAAAAUGAGAUGGAUGACGGCAGUAAGUAAAAUCCAUUCAAUCACAUUCUGGCACAACUUAAAAAAAGUUAAUUUUGCUGCAGAUACAGCUGCAAAAAGAGGUGCCAAACUGGCAGCAGAGCAAAAGCAAAUCUUCUAG